CCCAGAACCAAAUAAUCCGUUAUAAAUAGAGAGUUUCCCCUCGGCUGUGGAGACGAAGAGCAGGUUGUCGGUUGAGGGGAGGAGUCUCUCGCUCUCCUGCUUUCAAGCUCUUUUUAUUUCUUUGUUAUUAUAUUCUUGAAUUUUGAGGCAACCAUUUUCAUUCUCAUUUUCAUUUUCAUUUUCAACUCGUCGAAGAAACCAAACUUCUGCAUAUUUGGUCUAACAUCGGUACCAAGCGAUAGAUCAGCAUCUUUUCAGGGUGAUCUCAGCAGAAUUGGCGAUGAAAGCUCAAGUUCUACAUUUGAAAACCGUUCAGAUCUGAUAAACUAAUCUGGUCCUUUAAAGUUUUAACUGCUUCAAAGAUUUCUGUGGUUUGCUGAGCUAAAUACUUUUGUUGUAUCGUGAAUACCAGGGAAGAGCCCGUUAAGGCGAAACUUUCGGUUUUGGCUUCUCAAUAGGCUAGAACUUUUAUUUCUCUCUCUCCGUCAGGGCUUUUGCUGAUGAUUUUCCUGAUCGAUCUUUGAUCCGUUUUUCAGUUAGAGUUUCUCGAAGCAAAAUCUGGUAACAUCCUUGAAGGAAAGAUAAAUCGAUCUAUAGAAAAGAAACUCACUUUGUCUCCCCUGAAACGAGUUAUUCUUUGAAAAUCUCUUAAAAAAUCUUGAGUUUUUUAGACAUGUCAGCCGUUCCAGGCUCUGCCUUCCAACUUCAGACCAAGUCGGUCGUUCUACCUUCCCGUAACAGCCCGUCCUUGAGCCAUCGAGGAUGGAAUGUCGCGGCUCCUUUGAGUCGCGGUACAUCUUCAUGCUCUGCGAAGACACGGCGUAAUGCCGUGGAGAAUAAAUUCUUUGGGACGAGAUUGCGUCAAUUGGGUCCCGAAAGGCUUCAUCUAUGGCGAUCAGACGGCCCUGGACGUUCACCAAAGCUUAGAGUCGUAGUGCGCUCGGCGUUCUCGCAGGUGCCGGAGAAGCCACUCGGUCUGUACGAUCCCUCAUUUGAUAAAGACUCUUGUGGUGUUGGAUUUGUAGCCGAGCUCUCCGGUGAAACAAGCAGGAAAACUGUGACGGAUGCGCUGGAGAUGUUGAUCCGAAUGUCCCAUAGAGGUGCAUGUGGCUGCGAAACAAACACUGGUGAUGGAGCCGGCAUUCUUGUAGCUCUUCCUCAUGGCUUCUUCAAGGAGGUUGCUAUGGAUGUUGGGUUCGAACUACCACCACCAGGCGAGUAUGCCGUUGGUAUGUUCUUCUUGCCAACAUCUGAGACUCGCAGGGAAGAAAGUAAAACAGUAUUUACGAAGGUUGCAGAAUCUCUGGGGCAUGUUGUUCUUGGGUGGCGUUCUGUUCCAACUGAUAAUACAGGAUUGGGCAAGUCUGCUCUGCAGACAGAGCCUGUUAUUGAGCAAGUAUUUCUUACACCAAGUCCUAGAUCAAAAUCCGAUUUUGAGCAACAGAUGUACAUAUUAAGAAGGGUCUCAAUGGUGGCUAUCAGAGCUGCUUUAAACCUCCAGCAUGGUGGAGUGAGAGACUUCUAUAUAUGUUCUCUCUCCUCAAGAACGAUUGUUUACAAAGGUCAGCUAAAACCUGAUCAGUUACAAGAUUAUUACUAUGCAGAUCUUGGCAAUGAGAGGUUUACAAGCUACAUGGCCCUGAUACAUUCCCGGUUCUCGACAAACACUUUUCCUAGCUGGGAUCGUGCUCAACCCAUGCGUGUCUUGGGCCACAAUGGGGAGAUCAACACACUUCGUGGCAACAUAAAUUGGAUGAAGGCACGUGAAGGUCUAUUGAGAUGCAAGAAGCUUGGCCUGUCAAAGAAUGAGAUGAAGAAGCUUUUACCAAUUGUUGAUGCUAGCUCAUCUGAUUCAGGAGCUUUUGACGGUGUGCUUGAGCUCUUGGUUCGAGCUGGUAGAAGUCUUCCUGAAGCUAUUAUGAUGAUGAUUCCUGAAGCAUGGCAAAAUGACAAGAAUAUGGACCCAGAUAGGAAAGCCUUGUAUGAAUACUUCUCAGCUGUUAUGGAGCCAUGGGAUGGACCUGCCCUUAUUUCAUUUACUGAUGGCCGCUAUCUUGGAGCCACAUUGGAUCGUAAUGGAUUGCGUCCUGGUCGCUUUUAUGUUACACAUAGUGGGCGAGUUAUCAUGGCAAGUGAGGUUGGUGUGGUAGACAUUCCACCUGAGGAUAUCUGCAGGAAGGGAAGACUCAACCCUGGAAUGAUGCUUUUAGUAGAUUUUGAAAAGCACAUUGUUGUGGAUGAUGAAGCCCUGAAGCGGCAGUAUUCUCUAGCAAGGCCUUAUGGGGAGUGGCUGAGUAGACAGAAGAUAGAGCUCAAGGACAUAGUUGAUUCUGUUCAUGAAGCUGAUAGGGUUCCACCAGCUAUAUCUGGAUCAGUGCCGGCAUCUAGCCAUGAUGAGAACAUGGAAAACAUGGGUAUACAUGGAUUAGUGGCUCCACUGAAGGCUUUUGGUUACACAGUUGAAGCCUUGGAGAUGCUAUUGCUUCCCAUGGCAAAAGAUGCUACUGAGGCUCUUGGUUCUAUGGGAAAUGAUACUCCAUUGGCAGUGAUGUCAAACAGAGAGAAGCUCACAUUUGAGUAUUUUAAGCAGAUGUUUGCUCAGGUUACAAAUCCGCCAAUUGAUCCAAUUAGGGAGAAGAUAGUGACCUCCAUGGAGUGCAUGAUUGGACCAGAAGGAGAUUUGACAGAAACCACUGAGCAACAGUGCCAUCGGCUCUCACUGAAAGGGCCUCUCUUAUCCAUUGAAGAAAUGGAAGCCAUCAAAAAGAUGAACUACAGAGGUUGGCGGAGCAAGGUUCUUGACAUCACUUAUCUUAAAAGCCGUGGUAGGAAGGGUUUGGAGGAGAUGUUAGAUAGGAUUUGUUCUGAAGCACAUGAAGCGAUUAAGGAGGGUUUUACAAUACUCGUGCUUUCUGACAGAGCUUUUUCACCAAACCGUGUGGCUGUAAGUUCUCUCUUAGCUAUUGGUGCUGUCCAUCAUCAUUUGGUGGAGAAGCUUGAACGUACUCGAAUUGGUUUGAUAGUUGAAUCUGCUGAGCCACGUGAAGUUCAUCAUUUCUGUACCCUAGUUGGAUAUGGUGCUGAUGCCAUAUGCCCAUACUUGGCCAUAGAAACCAUUUGGAGAUUGCAGAUUGAUGGCAAGAUCCCCCCUAAAGCUAGUGGUGAGUUCCACUCGAAGGAGGAACUGGUCAAGAAGUAUUUCAAAGCAAGCAACUAUGGAAUGAUGAAGGUUCUUGCAAAAAUGGGGAUAUCAACGCUUGCUUCUUACAAGGGAGCCCAGAUCUUUGAAGCAUUGGGUCUUUCAUCGGAGGUUAUCCAGAAAUGUUUUGCUGGGUCCCCAAGCCGAGUUGAGGGUGCAACAUUUGAAAUGCUUGCUCGUGAUGCACUUCGACUACAUGAGAUGGCGUUUCCAACCCGUGCUUUGCCUCCUGGAAGUGCUGAGGCUGUUGCAUUGCCCAAUCCUGGGGAUUAUCAUUGGAGAAAAGGCGGAGAAAUUCACCUUAAUGAUCCCCUUGCUAUGGCAAAGCUACAAGAGGCUGCUAGAUCAAACAGUGUGGCUGCAUAUAGAGAGUAUUCCAAGCGCAUACAGGAACUCAAUAAGAGCUGCAAUUUGCGGGGUAUGCUGAAGUUUAAAGAAGCAAAGGUGAAGGUUCCUUUGGAUGAGGUGGAACCUGCUAGUGAGAUUGUGAAGCGGUUCUGUACAGGGGCCAUGAGUUAUGGGUCAAUAUCACUUGAGGCUCACACCACCCUAGCAAUUGCCAUGAAUACACUUGGGGGGAAAUCAAAUACAGGUGAGGGAGGUGAGCAACCAUCUCGGAUGCAGCCUCUUCCUGAUGGUUCAAUGAAUCCAAAGAGGAGUGCAAUUAAGCAGGUUGCCAGUGGGAGAUUUGGAGUUUCUAGUUAUUACCUUACAAAUGCAGAUGAACUACAGAUAAAAAUGGCUCAGGGUGCCAAGCCAGGUGAAGGAGGUGAACUUCCAGGUCACAAGGUUAUUGGAGACAUUGCAGUUACCAGAAACUCUACUGCUGGUGUUGGACUCAUCAGUCCUCCUCCCCAUCAUGAUAUCUACUCCAUUGAAGACCUUGCACAAUUAAUUCAUGAUCUCAAGAAUGCUAAUCCUGGGGCUCGAAUCAGUGUUAAGCUGGUAUCUGUAGCUGGUGUAGGAGUCAUUGCUAGUGGGGUAGUGAAGGGCCAUGCUGAACAUGUCUUGAUCUCGGGCCAUGAUGGAGGGACAGGAGCUUCACGUUGGACUGGUAUCAAGAAUGCUGGGUUACCUUGGGAGCUUGGUUUGGCUGAAACCCAUCAAACCCUAGUUGCCAAUGACCUUCGUGGUCGAACGAUUCUCCAGACAGAUGGCCAACUUAAAACUGGAAGAGAUGUGGUCAUUGCAGCACUUCUUGGUGCAGAGGAGUUUGGUUUCAGCACUGCCCCUCUCAUAACCCUUGGUUGCAUAAUGAUGAGGAAGUGCCACAAGAACACAUGUCCAGUGGGAAUUGCUACCCAAGAUCCUGUUCUUCGUGAGAAGUUUGCUGGAGAGCCUGAGCAUGUCAUAAAUUUCUUCUUUAUGCUAGCUGAGGAGGUCCGAGAGAUUAUGUCCCAGCUAGGAUUCCGAACCAUCAAUGAAAUGGUUGGCCAUUCAGAUAUGCUAGAAGUUGAUAAAGAAGUGGUUAGCAACAAUGAGAAGCUGGAGAAUAUUGAUCUUUCUCUACUACUCAGACCUGCUGCUGACAUUAGGCCAGAGGCUGCACAGUACUGUAUCCAGAAACAGGAUCAUGGCCUAGACAUGGCUUUGGACAACAAACUGAUAGCUUUAUCCACACCAGCUCUGGAGAAAGGUCUUCCAGUAUACAUCGAAGUUCCGAUCCGUAAUGUGAACCGUGCUGUUGGAACUAUGCUGAGCCAUGAAGUCACUAAACGCUACCACAUGGCAGGUCUUCCUGCAGAUACCAUCCACAUCAAGCUCGGUGGAAGUGCUGGUCAGAGUCUUGGAGCAUUCCUCUGUCCUGGUAUCACACUUGAGCUUGAAGGUGACAGCAAUGACUAUGUUGGAAAAGGAUUAUCAGGUGGAAAAAUUGUAGUCUAUCCUCCAAGAGAAAGCCAGUUUGAUCCAAAGGAGAACAUUGUGAUUGGCAAUGUGGCUCUUUAUGGUGCAACAAGUGGGGAAGGAUAUUUCAAUGGGAUGGCAGCUGAGAGAUUCUGUGUGCGUAAUUCAGGGGCCAAGGCAGUUGUUGAAGGAGUGGGUGAUCAUGGGUGUGAAUACAUGACAGGUGGGACAGUUGUUGUUCUUGGUAAAACUGGGAGGAAUUUUGCUGCCGGUAUGAGUGGUGGGAUUGCCUAUGUUCUUGAUGUUGAUGGGAAGUUCCAAUCUCGAUGCAAUCUUGAACUGGUAGAUCUUGAUAAAGUUGAAGAUGAAGAGGAUAUUAUGACAUUAAGAAUGAUGAUACAACAACAUCAGCGCCAUACAAACAGUGAGUUAGCUAGAGAAGUCCUUGCCAACUUUGAGAAUCUUCUACCAAAGUUUAUUAAGGUAGUCCCUAGAGAUUAUAAGCGGGUUCUUGCAAACCUAAGGGCAGAACAAGCUGCCAAAGAUGCCAAGGAACGGGCUGCCAAAGAAGCUGAGGAACAAGAAGAAGCAGAGUUGAUGGAGAAGGAUGCUUUUGAAGAACUUAAGAAGUUGGCAGCAGCAUCCUUGAAUGAUAAAGCAAGUCAGAAGGUGGAAAAGGCAGUACAAUUGAAGAGGCCAACUAAGGUUGACAAUGCCAUCAAGAAUGGAGGCUUUAUUGCUUAUGAACGAGAAAGCAUUUCAUACAGAGAUCCUUCUAAUCGGAUUAGUGACUGGAAGGAGGUUAUGGAAGAGCCAAAACCAGGCCCACUUUUAAACACCCAAUCGGCUCGUUGCAUGGACUGUGGAACUCCCUUCUGCCAUCAGGAGAAUUCUGGUUGUCCUCUUGGGAAUAAGAUACCGGAGUUCAAUGAAUUGGUGUACCAAAAUAGGUGGCGUGAAGCAUUGGAUCGACUUCUAGAGACAAAUAACUUCCCAGAGUUUACUGGUAGAGUGUGCCCAGCACCUUGUGAAGGUUCUUGUGUACUUGGUAUAAUAGAGAACCCCGUAUCCAUCAAAAGCAUAGAGUGCACCAUCAUCGACAAGGCCUUCAAGGAAGGGUGGAUGGUGCCACGACCACCCCUUAGAAGAACUGGGAAGAGAGUUGCUAUUGUGGGUAGUGGACCAGCGGGCUUGGCUGCUGCAGACCAGUUAAAUAAAAUGGGCCAUUUAGUGACAGUGCUUGAACGUGCCGACCGGAUUGGAGGACUAAUGAUGUAUGGAGUUCCCAAUAUGAAGGCUGACAAGGUGGACGUUGUUCAAAGGCGUGUCAAUCUUAUGGCUGAAGAAGGUGUCAAUUUUGUGGUGAAUGCUAAUGUUGGAACAGAUCCAUUGUACUCCAUUGAUCGGCUUCGUGCAGAGCAUGAUGCUAUUGUUUUGGCCUUAGGAGCUACAAAACCAAGAGAUCUUCCUGUUCCAGGACGGGAGCUGAAGGGAGUCCAUUUUGCCAUGGACUUUCUUCAUGCAAACACCAAAAGCUUGCUUGACAGUAAUCUCCAGGAUGGGAACAUCAUAUCUGCUAAGGGGAAGAAAGUGGUGGUCAUAGGAGGUGGUGACACUGGUACAGACUGCAUAGGGACAUCCAUUCGCCAUGGUUGUACCAACAUCAUAAAUCUUGAGCUUCUUCCACAGCCACCGCAGACUAGGGCUCCGGGCAACCCUUGGCCACAGUGGCCUCGCAUAUUCCGUGUAGAUUAUGGACACCAGGAAGCAGCUACCAAAUUCGGGAAAGAUCCAAGGUCCUAUGAGGUAUUGACGAAGCGGUUUUUGGGAGAUGAGAAUGGAGCAGUGAAAGGACUUGAGGUGGUUCGAGUUCGCUGGGAAAAGGAUGAAAGUGGAAGGUUCCAAUUCAAGGAAAUUGAGGGCUCUGAGGAGAUAAUUGAAGCUGACCUGGUUCUCCUUGCCAUGGGUUUCCUUGGUCCUGAGUCGACAAUUGCGGACCGGCUAGGCUUGGAAAAAGACAACCGGUCAAACUUGAAAGCAGACUAUGGAAAAUUCUCAACUAAUGUUGAAGGGGUCUUUGCUGCCGGGGACUGCAGACGUGGACAAUCACUGGUGGUCUGGGCAAUCUCGGAGGGGCGACAAGCCGCGGCUCAGGUGGACACGUACCUGAUGAGAGAUAGCGACCCCGGCACAAGUGAUAGCCAGGACGUCCAGAAACAACAAGACAGCAGUCGACUCACUCUAAUGACAUAGGCGACCUCUCUGCUCUGGUUCGGUUCUUACUUUUCAGAUCGAUCAAGGAAAGAAGAAAUUUGAUUAUACAUGGAUUGCCUGUUGAGUGGGCCUUUAGGGGGCGUGCCGAUAAAGUGGCAUUCAGGUGGUUUUUAUGUCUCUUGGAACUGAGAAGAGGUGGCAUUGUGGGGGGUGUUGGUAUUUUGUUGCGUUUAGUCUUUUUAUGUUUUAUUUAAUCCCCUCCAAUUCUUAGGGAAAGUCGUAAUGCUUUUGCUAUAUUUUACAUGAAAUAAUGUACAGUUCGUUUUGUUUGGCCUAUUUAUAAAUUAUAUAUGGCUAAGUUUUUUCUUUUUUAA